AUGCAAGAACCACAAGAAUAUCAUUCUCCCCACAGAAAGUUUUUACAGAAAGGGGUGUUGGUUUGUGUUGUAAUUUUAUUUAUUAUUUGUGGAACAUUAUCAAUUACUUUAUCAAAAACGUGUUAUACAUUACAAGCAGAAAAUUUUGAGAAUGAUUUGGUUUAUUUUAGAAAGCCAUUAUUCUUUAACUCCCUAAUGUUCUUUUCUAUGGCACUAUGUACUUUCCCUUAUUUAUUGUUGAAAUAUGUUUUCAGUGAUAAAAUGUCAAAACCAAAAGAAUAUACAAACAAACAUCUUUUGUAUCUCUUCUUUCCUGCUCUUUUAGCAUUCUCAGCAACAUACUUACAAAAUAUUGGAUUAGUUUAUAUUCAUGGAAGUGUUUUUCAAAUGCUUAGAGGUUCAGUAAUCAUUUUUAUUGCAUUAUUACAAUAUUUCAUUAAAAAAAGAAAAUUGCUAUUACAUCAAAUUAUUGGUGUAUUGAUUGUUGUUGUGGCUAUAGCAUUAGUUGGUUCAAGUAGUUUUAUGAUUCCUUCAAAUAAGAAUCCAGGUGCAACAACACAUUCUAUUCAUAAAUUUAUAGGAAUAUCAUGUAUUCUUUUUGCACAACUUCUUAAUGCCUGUUCUGGAUUAGUUGAAGAAUCAUUGUUACAUGAUGCAGAGAUUCCACCGUCAUUGAUAGUUUCUGUAGAAGGAUGGUUUGGAGUAUUAUUUAGUGUUGUUACUAUAUUAUUCCUUCAAUUUAUGCCAAUUCCAGCUGAUACUUUAAUUAAAGAAAAUACAGCUGAAACACUUCUGAUGAUGGUUAGAAAGCCAACAAUCUAUGCUCUUGUUAAUGCAUAUGUGUUAGUUGUUUUAUUCUUUAAUCUUACAGGAAUGACUAUUACGAGCCAAAUAAAUGCAUUAACAAGAAAUGUUAUUGAUCCUUUAAGAAUGAUUACUAUUUGGCUUACAGGUUUAUUUAUUCAUUAUGUUAUUACUAAUAAACUAGGAGAGGCUUUGUCUUGGGCAACACUCAUUCAGGUAUUUGGAUUUAUUGUAUUAGCUAUUGGUUUCUUUGUUUAUGCUGGAAUUAUUCCAUUGCCAUUUUUUGGUACUACAAUAAAAACAGAAAAUGAAAAUAUUCAACCUAUACUUCAAGAUGAUGAAAUUGAUGAAAAUGAAAUGAAUAUUCAUAAAGAAGAUUAA